UUUUUAAAAAAUUUCAUGAUUGCGACUCCGUCUUCCUGAAGCCCCAAGUAACAUUAUCAAUCUUCCUAAUUGUAAAUUGGCUUAAAAAAGAAAAACUCUCUUUGAUCAUUCUUCUGAGUCUCAACUCUCAGUUGAGCUGUUCUCUUUCUUCUAGUUCAUUCACAAGGAAGGAGAGAGAAAAUGAUAGUAGACGGAAUUGAAGACGAAGAAAAAUGGCUUGCAGAAGGAAUCGCCGCCAUUCAACAGAAUGCGUUUUUCAUGCUUCGUGCUGUGGAUUCAGAUAAUCUCAGAGAAGCUCUCAAGUAUUCGGCGCAAAUGUUGUCGGAGCUUCGAACCUCCAAACUUUCUCCUCACAAGUAUUUCGAGCUCUAUAUGCGAGCGUUUGAUGAAUUGAGGAAGCUGGAAUUGUUCUUUAAGGAUGAGAGUAGGCAUGGUGUUCCAGUAUCCGAUCUUUACGAACUCGUUCAGCACGCUGGCAAUGUAUUGCCGAGGCUGUACCUUUUAUGCACUGUGGGUUCUGUGUACAUCAAAUCAAAAGAAGCUUCCUGUAAAGAUCUUCUCAAAGACCUAGUUGAGAUGUGUCGUGCUGUUCAACAUCCUAUCCGCGGUCUUUUCUUGAGGAGUUACCUUUGCCAAGUAACUAGAGACAAGCUUUCUGAUAUUGGUCCUGAGUAUGAAGGAGUUGAUGAUUUUGUAAUGGAUGCCGUGGACUUCGUGCUGCAAAACUUUACUGAGAUGAAUAAACUUUGGGUUCGAUUGCAGCAUCAGAUUUCUGGUCUGCAGGGGCCUGUUCGUGUUAAAGAGAAACGAGAAAAGGAGAGGAAUGAGCUUCGUGAUCUUGUUGGAAAGAAUCUGCAUAUACUAAGUCAAAUUGAGGGUGUUGAUCUUGAAAUGUACAGAGAUACUGUUCUUCCGAGAAUUCUAGAGCAGAUUGUUAAUGCUAAAGAUGAGCUAGCACAACAUUAUUUGAUGGACUGUAUAAUCCAAGUUUUUCCGGAUGAGUAUCACUUGCAAACACUCGACAUAUUAUUAGCUGCUUGCCCACAGCUUCAGCCGACAGUUGACAUCAAAACAGUGCUAUCUCAGCUUAUGGAGAGACUUUCAAACUAUGCUGCAUCAAGCAUGGAAGUAUUACCUGAAUUUCUGCAAGUGGAAGCUUUUGCCAAAUUAAACAAUGCCAUUGGAAAGGUUAUUGAGGUACAAGUUGACAUGCCAAUUGUUGGAGCAAUAACUUUAUACACAUCACUUCUUAUGUUCACUCUCCGUGUUCAUCCUGAUCGCCUAGAUUACGUGGAUCUAGUUCUGGGUGCAUGUGUCAGGAAGCUUUCGGGGAAGCCAAAGCUUGAAGACAGCCGAGCAACAAAACAAAUCAUUGCACUUUUAAGUGCUCCAUUAGACAAGUAUAAUGAUGCGGUUACAGCACUAACACUUUCUAAUUAUCCCCGUAUCAUGGACUACCUUGAUAAUGAUACGAACAAAAUCAUGGCUAUGGUUAUCAUACAAAACAUUCUAAAGAACUACACCUGCAUUUCAACUGCUGAUCAGGUAGAGGCAUUAUUCGAGUUGAUUAAAGGGCUUAUUAAAGAUAUAGAUGGAAGUCCAGUGGAUGAGCUUGAUGAGGAGGAUUUCAAGGAAGAACAGAAUUCUGUUGCUCGCCUUAUACACAUGCUGUAUAAUGAUGACCCUGAUGAAAUGUUAAAGAUUAUAUGUACCGUGCAGAGACAUAUCAUGAGUGGAGGACAGAGACGGUUACCCUUCACUGUUCCACCUCUUGUUUUUUCUGCGCUUAAGUUGGUCAGGCGGCUACAAGGUCAAGAUGGUGAGGCAGACGGGGAAGAAGCGCCUGCUUCACCUAAAAAAAUCUUUCGGUUAAUGAAUCAGACUAUAGAUGCUCUUUCAUUUGUUCCAUCCCCUGAUCUCGCGUUGAGGCUGUAUUUGCAAUGUGCUGAGGCUGCCAGUGAUUGUGACCUUGAGCCAAUGGCUUAUGAGUUCUUCACCCAAGCAUUUAUAUUAUAUGAGGAAGAUAUUGCGGACUCCAAGGCACAGUUUACAGCCAUACAUCUUAUUAUUGGGACUCUACAAAGGAUGAAUGUAUUUGGCGUGGAGAACAGAGAUACCUUAACACACAAGGCAACAGGGUAUUCUGCAAAACUUUUGAAGAAGGCCGACCAGUGCAGAGCUGUCUAUGCAUGCUCUCAUCUCUUUUGGGUGGAUGACCAUGAUGGUAGCAGAGAUGGAGAAAGGGUCUUGUUAUGCCUGAAGCGUUCACUAAGGAUCGCAAAUGCUGCUCAACAGAUGGCAAGUGUGACACGUGGAAGCAGCGGGCCUGUUACCUUAUUUGUUGAAAUUUUAAACAAGUAUCUCUACUUCUUCGAGAAGGGAAAUCCACAAGUUCCAACUUCUGCUAUCCAAGGCCUCGUAGAGUUGAUAAGAACUGAAAUGCAAAGUGACACAUCAACUACAGAUCUAGCCACGGCUGCUUUUUUCAGUAGUACUUUGCGGUAUAUCCAAUACCAGAAACAGAAAGGAGGUGUGAUGGGUGAAAAGUAUGAUCCAGUUAAGCUAUAAGUAUGCUUAUGUGAGUUGUGUACCAAAGUCCAAUUGAAUUCGGCAGAUAAAAGCAGAAAACCGGGGUCCCUGGAGUAUAAAGCAGGUAUCGAUGGAGUCAUAGAGGGAUGCUGUGACAGCCAACACUGGACCAAGAUGAAACAGGUUUAUUCAGCAUGCCAAGAUUGUUUGCUAUGUUAAUUGAUUUGUAUGUAAAGUUCUUUUUGUCUUGUCUAUCUCUUCUUCAAUGUUGUAAAGAGUUUGUCGGAAAGAUAAGGCUUCCGCAGAGAACUGGGGAGAUGUUGAACUUUCGGUUAUGUGCCGAGUGAUCUUACAUUGAUAAAAUUGGCAAAAUAUUUAUUUAUUGAUUUCAUUUCCAGA